AUGGCCCCCACCACGCAAAACCUCGCGCUCGUCUUCACCAAAGUCCCCUCCCACAUGCCCAUCCCCAGCGAACAUAUCCAAGUCCAAGCCGCGGGCGCCUUCGACAUUGACCAGCCCCUCCCCCAAUCGGGCGGUCUCAUCCUCGAAACCCUCUACGCCAGCUUUGACCCCUACCUGCGCGGCCUCCUUCGCGACCCGUCCAUCAAAUCAUACAUGCCGGCCGUGCCGCUGGGUAAGCCCAUCUCGGCCGCGACGCUGUCCCGUGUCCUCCGCUCCAACAUCGAAGGCUACGCGGCCGGCGACGUCGUGCGCCUCGUCCUCCCGAUCCAGCAAUACAAUGUGUACGUGCGGCCCGAGAACGGCGGCGACGACGUCGAAUGGCAAAAACCAUUCAAAGUGCCCACCAGCCCGGACGACGUGUCACUAGACGUCCGCCACUACCUCGGCGCACUGGGCAUGCCGGGCCUGACGGCUUAUUCGUCGUUUUAUGAGAUCGGCAAGCCCAAGCGCGGCGAGACCAUCGUCGUGUCCUCUGCCGCGGGGGCCGUCGGGCAGCUCGUGGGCCAGUUGGCCAAGCAUGAGGGACUCACGGUGUUGGGGUCGGUGGGGAGUGAUGAUAAAUUGGAGUUUAUUGUCAAUGAACUCGGCUUUGACGGCGGGUGGAAUUACAAGGCGGAGAAAUCUACAAAGGGGGCCAUCGAGCGCUUGGUCAGAGAACAGAGGGCGAAGCAGGGUGGUGACGCCAAAGAUGCGAAUGCCGAAAUCAGCCCAGGAAUCGACAUUUUCUACGACAAUGUGGGUGGCGAGCAAUUGGACGGAGCGUUUGAGUGUCUCAAUUUAUUUGGAAGAAUAAUCGAGUGCGGCCAAAUCAGUCAAUACAACCUCCCUCCCCAGGAGCGGUACCCGAUCCGCAACACGUUCCAGACCGUCGCCAAGAGGCUAACAAUGAGAGGAUUCAUGGUCGGCGACGCGGACAUGGGCCGCAAGCACGAGGCCGCGCACAUAGAGAACGUGUCGCGCUGGUUGAGGGACGGCUCGUUCCAGGCCAAGAUCCACGAGACGGUCGGGAUGGAGAGGGCGGCCGAGGCGUUUGUCGGCAUGUUGAAGGGGGAGAAUUUCGGAAAGGCCAUUUUGAAGGUCAAGGUGUGA